AAAAGUUUGUUGUGGUUUGUGUUUUUGCACGGCACAAAAAUAAAAAUAUAAUUUUUAUUCAAUUGUUAACGUUGAUUGGAGAACAAGUGCAGCUCGCAGAAAGCCACAGACCAAUAUAAGCGAUAAAAUUAACAAAGAGAUAAAAUACGAAACUGGGUUGCGAUUAAAAACCAGCAAAGUUCAUUAUUCGCUAAAAAUUCUCAAGCGCAUAAAUAAACAGAAAACAAGUUUCAUUUGAUUUUAUUGAAUUGAUUAAUUUAUACAAAAAAAAAAACACUAUGGCUAGCUUUCGUAUGGGUUUAAAGGCACAUAGUGUGCCUAUGUCACUAUUUCGUAAUAACCGUCAAAAGCUUGCUGCGGCUCUACGUGAACAUUCCAAUAUAACUGCCAACACAAGUUAUGUACUCUUGGAAGGUGGAAGAGAAGUUAGUUUUAACGAUACAGAUGUUAAUUAUCUAUUUCGUCAGGAAUCUUAUUUUCAAUAUUUAUUUGGCGUGAAGGAACCAGACUGUUAUGGGGUUUUACAUGUGGCAAGUGGUAAAGCAACAUUAUUUGUACCGCGCCUAGCGGAGGAAUAUGCAACAUGGAUGGGUCGUUUGCUGACACUAGAUGAAUUCAAAGCUAUGUAUGAGACAGAGGAAGUGUUUUAUGUGGAUGAAUUGUCUAGUUUCUUUGAGAAAGCAGCACCUUCUCUCAUAUUAACGUUAAGCGGCACAAAUUCUGAUAGUGGUUUAACUUCAAAACCUGCACACUUUCCUGGAAUUGAUAAAUUUAAAACAAAUAAAGACUUGUUACAUCCAAUAAUCGCUGAAUGCCGUGUUAUCAAGUCAGCUGAAGAAAUUGAAGUUUUGCGUUAUGUUGCUAGAGUCUCUUCAAAUGCACACAUUAAUGUAAUGCGAUUCAUGCGACCAGGAAAAAGCGAGUACGAAGGUGAGUCUGUUUUUCUGCAUCAUUGCUAUGCUAUAGGUGGUUGUCGCCACACUUCAUAUACUUGUAUUUGUGGCAGUGGUGUUAAUUCCGCUAUUCUACACUAUGGCCAUGCAGCUGCACCCAAUGAUCGUGGUACUGUUGAUGGCGAUAUGUGCUUGUUUGAUAUGGGUGCAAAUUAUUGUGGCUUUGCAGCAGAUAUAACUUGCAGUUUUCCAGUAAAUGGUAAGUUUACUGAAGAUCAAAAAUUUAUCUAUAAUGCUGUGUUAGCGGCACGUGAUGCAGUGCUUAAUGAAGCACGUGAAGGUGUUUGCUGGGUUGACAUGCACAAACUUGCUAAUCGUGUAAUGUUGGAAAAACUAAAAGAAGGUGGUAUGCUCAAGGGUAAUGUUGAUGAUAUGUUAGCUGCAGGUUUGGCUGGUACAUUUCAGCCACAUGGGCUGGGACAUUUAUUAGGACUCGAUGUACAUGAUGUGGGUGGUUAUUUGGAAGGACAACCAAAACGUCCAACGGAGCCGUGGUUAAAAUGUUUACGUUUUGCACGUAUACUUAAAGCUGGCAUGUAUCUAACUGUCGAACCUGGAUGUUAUUUCAUAGAUUGGCUUAUGGAUCGUGCUCUAGCUGAACCUGAACUUAAUAAAUUCCUUAACGUUGAAGUGUUUGAACGUUUUCGUAACUUUGGUGGAGUACGUAUUGAAGAUGAUGUUUUAAUUACCAAGGAUGGCUGUGAAAACUUUGCCAUUGUGCCGCGUACUGUGCAGGAUAUUGAGAACGUUAUGACCACACGUAUAGACGAUUAAAUCAAAAAGUUAAUAUACAACAUGUACUUUUUGUUUAAUUUAUUGUCUUUAUAUUAGUUUUUGUUACUAUUUGUGCUUUAUAUGUUAUCUCAAUAAAUAUUAUUGGUCUCGUUAAACGAGUAACUGUUGAAGAAUAAAGAUUACAUUUUAACUUAUCAUGUUAUCAUGUUCAGAUUAGUUCGAGUGGAUUUCGAAUGAAGUGCCUGUAAUAUAUAUUAGAUGUAUUAAAAAAUAAAAGCAUGUUAAUGGCACAGAAAUUUUCAACGUAAUAUACAAUUUAAAUAAUCUAAUAAAAA